GUGUAACAACAUGCAGGUAAAGACCAAGAGCUGACAGACCACAUUCACUGCACACACACAUGCUGUUCAGAUCACAGCUCACACUAGUUUCAGCUCUCAGGAAGUGAAACUCAGACACUCGCUGCCACUGAGAGGAGAAAUGGAGCAGAAAGGAGUUCAGCUGGACCGGGAAACCUUCUCUUGUCCCAUCUGUCUGGAUCUACUGAAGGAUCCGGUGACUACUUCCUGUGGACACAGCUACUGCAAGUGUAUUAAAGGCUUCUGGGACGGAGAGGAUGAGAAGGAAGUCUACAGCUGCCCUCAGUGUAGGCAGAGCUUCACACCGAGGCCUGUCCUGCUGAAAAACACCAUGUUAGCAGCUUUAGUGGAGGAGCUGAAGAAGACUGGACUCCAGCUGCUCGCUGAUCACUGCUAUGCUGGAGCUGAAGAUGUGGCCUGUGAUUUCUGCACUGGGAGAAAACUGAGAGCCAGUAAGUCCUGUCUCAUGUGUCUGGCCUCUUACUGUGAGAAACACCUCCAGCCUCAUUAUGACAUAGCUCCAUUAAAGAAACACAAGCUGGUGGAGCCCUCCAAGAAGCUCCAGGAGAACAUCUGCUCUCGUCACGAUGAGGUGAUGAAGAUGUUCUGCCGUACUGAUCAGCAGUGUAUCUGUUAUCUCUGCUCUGUGGAUGAACAUAAAGGCCAUGUCACAGUGUCAGCUGCAGCAGAGAGGACUGAGAGGCAGAGAGAGCUGGAGGGGAGUCGACAAAACCUCCAGCAGAGAAUCCAGGACGGAGAGAAAGAGGUGAAGCUGCUUCAGCAGGAGGUGGAGGCCAUCGAUCGCUCUGCUGAUAAAGCAGUGGAGGACAGUGAGAAGAUGUUCACUGAGCUGAUCCGUCUCAUGCAGAAGAGAAGCUCUGAUGUGAAGCAGCAGGUCAGAUCCCAGCAGAAGAGGGAAGUGAGUCGAGUCAAAGAGCUUCAGGAGGAGCUGGAGCAGGAGACGGCUGAGCUGAAGAGGAGAGACGCUGAGCUGAAGCUGCUCGCUCACACAGAGGAUCACAACCAGUUUCUGCACAGCUACCCCUCCCUGUCAGCCCUCAGUGAACCCACACACUCAUCCAGCAUCAACAUCCGUCCUCUAAGAUACUUUGAGGACGUGACGGCGGCCGUGUCAGCAGUCAGGGACAAACUACAGGACGUCCUGAGAGAGGAAUGGACAAACGUCUCAGCGACUGAAGGGGAUGUUUUACUGCCACCAGCAGAGCCCACCACCAGAGCUGGGUUCUUAAAAUAUUCACAGGAAAUCACACUGGAUCCAAACACAGCACACACACAGCUGUUAUUAUCUGAGGGGAGCAGAAAAGCAACAAGAGUGAAACAACAACGGUCUUAUUCUAGUCACCCAGACAGAUUCACUGCAUAUCCUCAGGUCCUGAGUAGAGAGAGUCUGACUGGACGUUGUUACUGGGAGGUGGAGUGGAGCGGGAGAGGAGUUGAUGUAGCAGUCUCAUACAAGAAUAUCCGCAGAGCAGGGUUGGGGUAUGAAAGUUUAUUUGGAAGCAAUGAGAAAUCUUGGUCGUUAUAUUGUAAACAAAACAGUUAUACAUUUUGUUACAACAACAUCAGCACUCCCGUCUCAGGUCCUCGGUCCUCCAGAUUAGGAGUGUACCUGGAUCACAGAGCAGGUAUUCUGUCCUUCUACAGCGUCUCUGAAACCAUGACUCUCCUCCACAGAGUCCAGACCACAUUCACUCAGCCGCUACAUGCUGGACUUUAUCUUAAUUAUUAUGGCGACACAGCAGAGUUGUGUAAACUGGAAUAGCAUGAAGUCCUUUGAGGAACUCUUCUUAAACUCAUGGUGUGUCCAUCAUUGUUGCUGAGAGCUGAUUGGUUGUGUCUCCACUGCACUGAGAUCAGCUGUCAAUCAAACACUGUGGGCGGGGCUUUAACCUCUCCUCCUGAGUUGUUCUGUAAAUGUUGGAGCUUCUUUAGGCGGCGCUCCUUCCUGUGUCUGUUUAUCCAUGGAGGCUGUCACUGCUCAGGGGGAUUCCUGUUAACCUGAACUCACAUUUCUCUGCAUGGAAAUGUAAACUCUGCUCUUAAUAUUUGUUGGAUAUGAUUAUUGAUGCUUUUAUAUUUUCAUAUUUCUCUUUUAAUGCUCGGGUCUUAAGAGAGAAAGCACCAGAGCUUCUUUCAUUGUACAUAUUUUAUUCUCACUACUCUGGAAAAAAAGAGGCAUUUAUAACGACGUGUAUUUUUCACAGACUAAAUGUUAUUGUUGUUGUCAACAUGUUAACAAAAGAGGUACUCUGAUGUUUAUAACACAUAUUUCAUUAAACAGAGUCCAUUUAAAAUGAUAUUAAUCACCAUUAAGAUCAUAAUCAAUAAGUAGAUCAUGUAUUUUAUUUUAAUUAGCUCAGAUUUUUGUCAGACAAAUUGAAUGUGUGGGAAAAAAUACCAAUAUAAUUACAUGUAUUAUUUUUGCAGACUAACUGGUGUUGUUUCCAUCACUUGUUGCUUUUUAAAACUGAGAUGGUGUUUGUGCACUCAGACACUAAAGAGGAUUUAUCACAGAGGAUUACACAAGUGUACAAAGAGUCUGAAUUGUUUGGUCACGUUUGGACAUUUAGUUGAAUCCACACACACAUGAGGAACAGAUGUUGAGUAGUUCUGGUCUUGAGGUCAUUUAAAUGCUGAUUUUCAUUCAUUUUAAACUUCAGAAUAGGACAGUCAUGUUGGGUCAGAGUUUGUGUUUCCAGUAGGUCGUUAAUAAGGGAAAUAGUUUUUCACAUUGCAUUACAUGUCACUUAUUAGAGGCUUUCAUCCAAAGCGACUUACAUACUCCAUACUGAGGGCAACCCCCACAGGACCAACUCGGGGUGAGGUGUCUCGCCCAGCGACACAACGACAAGCUGACUGCAGUGGGGAUGGAACCCCCUGAUCCGAAAACCAGCACGCUAUCCCACCGUGCCACAGCCUCCCCCCACAGUCUCCCACCUUCUCAAGGUAUUGCUAAGCAAUGGUAGGCUUUCGUGGCAUAGCAGGCUGUAAAAAGUGUCUGCACCGCUUUCCAAAACAACCUGAGAGAAGAUACUCUUUAUUGAUCCCAAAUUUAAUCCCUAACAGCGGCAUGUUGAUCAUGAUAAGUUACAUGACACCAACGUUUCAAAUACAUGUGAAAGAAAUAAGUGAAUACACUGAGACGCUCCCUGAGACAGUCGGCACCGAUGGACGUUGUUAAAAUAAAAACAAUGCGUGCUUGUGUUCGAUCCAACAAACAUUUCAGGGUUUUAUUUUAUACUUUAAUCCGUUUAAUAACUGUGAGUGUGAUCCAGAAUGUGUUGUGUUUUAUUGUGUACCUGCCCAAGCACUGCAGGAGGACAUUAGCCAUUAGCUUGUUUCAUGUUAUAUCAGCCAGGAGCUUCAAAAUGAACUCCUUGUUGCUCCUUUCACAAUAUUAUUAGUUAGCUUUGAGUCAUUUCUGCCACCUUAACUCCUUUCUGGUUAGCAGUCUCUUCUCAUUAAAUUAAAAAGGUUCCACUUUUUAAGAUUAAGACUGUUUAAUUUAGACAAGAGGAAGGACGACUCACUUAUGUUUCAUAGUUUUAAAUAUUAAUAUAAUUUAAAUACCAUUAAUACAUUAGUACUGAUAAACCACCGUUUAGAGUAAAUGGUUAACCGGGUUAUGCUAAAGAUAAGAUGCCAUGAUUUUCAACAUCAGUAUCAACUCUACUCCUGCUUACAACAUGUUGUUCUGCAUGUGAGACCCAAAGUAUAACACAACAGCUUGAAGAGGCCCUGGUGUGCCUUUGUGGAGUCCUCCCCUUCCUGCAGUGUGUGGAAAGGUUUUUGUGCAUGUAAAUGGUCUGCAAAGGCUAAACUCCCUGUGUUCAGUCCAGAGGGAGUUUCUCUCCGCCACCAGACGGAUACAAAUGCUCCGUUUUAGUUUAAUACACACAGUUAAACUCACACACACAGUUUUAAGACUAUAUAGAGUUAUCUACUGAUGUACAAAAAUAACAAAUGAACCAAAGAAAGUGAAAACUAUAAAGCUAAUUCAGGCAGUAGGUGUAUAGAUAUUUGUUGGAUAUGAUUAUUGAUGCUUUCAUAUUUUCAUAUUUCUCUUUUAAUGCUCGGGUCUUAAGAGAGAAAGCACCAGAGCUUCUUUCAUUGUACAUAUUUUAUUCUCACUACUCUGUGAGUAAAAAGAGGCAUUUAUAACGACGUGUAUUUUUCACAGACUAAAUGUUAUUGUUGUUGUCAACAUGUUAACAAAAGAGGUACUCUGAUGUUUAUAACACAUAUUUCAUUAAACAAAGUCCAUUUAAAAUGAUAGUAAUCACCAUUAAGAUCAUAAUCAAUAAGUAAAUCAUGUAUUUUAUUUUAAUAAGCAAAGAUUCUGAUUUAAAAAAUUGAUUGUGCCGGAAUAAAUGCUGAUAUAGUUACAUUUAUUACUUUUGCAGACUAACUGUUGUUGUUGUUAUUGUUGUCUGAUCACUGUAGACAUUAACUGCUAUGAUGUUUUAUAAAACUCUAAGUACAUCAUUUGUUACUCUGCUUUAAAUCGCUUCUGGUUAAACACGUUAAUUGUUUGGAUGAAGUGAAUCUGAUCAAACAGACUUUCCUGAUGGGAUGUGUGAUCAAAUUCAAUGUUUAGACAAUGAAUAAAGGAUUUGAUUUCCACAAACAAACAAA